AGGGGCGUGGCCGUCGGGCGGCGAGCCGCGCUCUCUCGCCCCGGGAGGGAGUCACAAGUUCGUACACGCGAGGCCGGGCGCGCGCAGCGGGCACGCGGGUGAAGUCUUCCCAGGUGCUGCAGGCGGUGCUGAGGCACAGGGUCUGCUGCAGGAGCAGCGGCCCGAACCCGCUCCAGCGGCCCGCUGCCGCCAGCGGCUCCCGCGUCGCGUGUGUACCCCCGCGCACUGAAGGAGGUCCACCAGCCCUCACCAGCCCCCGCGGACCGUGCAAUGGCCCAGCGUAAGAAUGCCAAGAGCAGCGGCAACAGCAGCAGCAGCGGCUCCGGCAGCGGUAGCACGAGUGCGGGCAGCAGCGGGGGCAGCAGCAGCCCCGGGCCCCGGAGAGAGACAAAGCAUGGAGGACACAAGAACGGGAGGAAAGGCGGACUCUCAGGAACUUCAUUCUUCACGUGGUUUAUGGUGAUUGCAUUGCUGGGCGUCUGGACGUCUGUAGCUGUCGUUUGGUUUGAUCUUGUUGACUAUGAGGAAGUUCUAGGAAAACUAGGAAUCUAUGAUGCUGAUGGUGAUGGAGAUUUUGAUGUGGAUGAUGCCAAAGUUUUAUUAGGACUUAAAGAGAGAUCUACUUCAGAGCCAGCAGUCCCGCCAGAAGAGGCUGAGCCACACACUGAGCCCGAGGAGCAGGUUCCUGUGGAGGCAGAACCCCAGAAUAUCGAAGAUAAAGCAAAAGAACAAAUUCAGUCCCUUCUCCAUGAAAUGGUACACGCAGAACAUGUUGAAGGAGAAGACUUGCAACAAGAAGAUGGACCCACAGGAGAACCACAACAAGAGGAUGAUGAGUUUCUUAUGGUGACUGAUGUAGAUGAUGGAUUUGAGACCCUGGAACCUGAAGUAUCUCAUGAAGAAACCGAGCAUAGUUACCACGUGGAAGAGACAAUUUCACAAGACUAUAAUCAGGAUAUGGAAGAGAUGAUGUCUGAGCAGGAAAAUCCAGAUUCCAGUGAACCAGUAGUAGAAGAUGAAAGAUUGCACCAUGAUACAGAUGAUGUAACAUACCAAGUCUAUGAGGAACAAGCAGUAUAUGAACCUCCAGAAAAUGAAGGGAUAGAAAUCACAGAAGUAACUGCUCCCCCUGAGGAUAAUCCUGUAGAAGAUUCACAGGUAAUUGUAGAAGAAGUAAGCGUUUUUCCUGUGGAAGAACAACAGGAAGUACCACCAGAAACAAAUAGAAAAAUAGAUGAUCCAGAACAAAAAGCAAAAGUUAAGAAAAGGAAGCCUAAACUUUUAAAUAAAUUUGAUAAGACUAUUAAAGCUGAACUUGAUGCUGCAGAAAAACUCCGUAAAAGGGGAAAAAUUGAGGAAGCAGUGAAUGCGUUUAAAGAACUAGUACGCAAAUACCCUCAGAGUCCACGAGCAAGAUAUGGGAAGGCGCAGUGUGAGGAUGAUUUGGCUGAGAAGAGGAGAAGUAAUGAGGUGCUACGUGGAGCCAUCGAGACCUACCAAGAGGUGGCCAGCCUACCUGAUGUCCCUGCAGACCUGCUGAAGCUGAGUUUGAAGCGUCGCUCAGACAGGCAACAAUUUCUAGGUCAUAUGAGAGGUUCCCUGCUUACCCUGCAGAGAUUAGUUCAACUAUUUCCCAAUGAUACUUCCUUAAAAAAUGACCUUGGCGUGGGAUACCUCUUGAUAGGAGAUAAUGACAAUGCAAAGAAAGUUUAUGAAGAGGUGCUGAGUGUGACACCUAAUGAUGGCUUUGCCAAAGUCCAUUAUGGCUUCAUCCUGAAGGCACAGAACAAAAUUGCUGAGAGCAUCCCAUAUUUAAAGGAAGGAAUAGAAUCUGGAGAUCCUGGCACUGAUGAUGGGAGAUUUUAUUUCCACCUGGGGGAUGCCAUGCAGAGGGUUGGGAACAAAGAGGCAUAUAAGUGGUAUGAGCUUGGGCACAAGAGAGGACACUUUGCAUCUGUCUGGCAACGCUCACUCUACAAUGUGAAUGGACUGAAAGCACAGCCUUGGUGGACCCCAAAAGAAACGGGCUACACAGAGUUAGUAAAGUCUUUAGAAAGAAACUGGAAGUUAAUCCGAGAUGAAGGCCUUGCAGUGAUGGAUAAAGCCAAAGGUCUCUUCCUGCCUGAGGAUGAAAACCUGAGGGAAAGAGGGGACUGGAGCCAGUUCACGCUGUGGCAGCAAGGAAGAAGAAAUGAAAAUGCCUGCAAAGGAGCUCCUAAAACCUGUACCUUACUAGAAAAGUUCCCCGAGACAACAGGAUGCAGAAGAGGACAGAUCAAAUAUUCCAUCAUGCACCCCGGGACUCACGUGUGGCCGCACACAGGGCCCACAAACUGCAGGCUCCGAAUGCACCUGGGCUUGGUGAUUCCCAAGGAAGGCUGCAAGAUUCGAUGUGCCAACGAGACCAAGUAUGGGUCCUCUGUUAUCCGUCAUAUCCGUCACCUCAGAGGAUGAGGGACCUGGGAGGAAGGCAAGGUGCUCAUCUUUGAUGACUCCUUUGAGCACGAGGUAUGGCAGGAUGCCUCAUCUUUCCGGCUGAUAUUCAUCGUGGAUGUGUGGCAUCCGGAACUGACACCACAGCAGAGACGCAGCCUUCCAGCAAUUUAGCAUGAAUUCACGCAAGCUUGGGAAACUCUGGAGAGAGGCUGCCUUUCUGGUUCCAUCUCCUUGGGUGUGAGGAAAGAAUUUCGAACACCAAGACUCAAUUCCCUUGACUUGCAGCCCGAGUAAUUCAAAGCCUCCUCCUAGGGUCAGAAGACACUAAAGGGAAUAUUUGCCUCGCUGCAAUUCAUUUAGGAAACACCCUGCUGUGUGUCAUCUCAUGACAGCACUGGUCUUCUGCCAGUAUUUAAGGUGAACAUUUGAUAGCUUCUACCUUACCAGCCAAAGAUAUUUUUUCCACAUAGAAUAGGUCUAAUUCAAUGUAUAAUGAGAACAUAUGUAGAAACUGUGAAUGGAUUGCUUUAGUUUGUAAUUUUUCUAUGCAGUUAUAUUUUUCUAGUGUAGCUAGACUAUUUUGUCAUCAUGUACCACUACAUUUUUGUUUAUUUUAAUGACAAGCUGUAUAAAUGCUUUACUUCUAGCUAUUUAAUGGUAGCAUUACUGGGGAACUCAGACUUCCCUCUUUUAAUUCUUCUUAGUAAAAGAUACUCAUGAAAAAAGCAGUUUUAUUUUCCUAACAGAAAAGAAAGAGCUCAUUAUGUCAGUGUCUAUGAACUGUACCCAUCCCAACUCUCGAGUCAUUUGGUUUUUUUAUCUUGAUUGAGAUCCUCUUCUCACUAUGCUAGUGGUGGAGAUAUUGACAAAAUCCUAUUUCUUUCAAAGAGGAACUUUUCACACCGAAAAAAGAGCAUGGAAUUAUUUUAUAUUGUUAUAAAAAUCCCAGAUGCAAAUUUUUUUAAUGCCAAUUAUUAGAGCUUCUGGGGAAAAAGUAUAGUUCACGGAAAUAAAACUAUGUUCUUUCAGGGUUAGGUGGAUAGGUGGCUGCUAGGGUGUCUGGCUCCUGGCUGCUUUGCCAUCCAUGAGGCAAGGGCUGGGAACACAGUGUCUUUGCCUAUGGUAGGUCCAUGUGAAUGUCAGGAAGCCAGCUCUUCAGUCUUGGAGAUGAUUUCUGCUACAAUUCUGUAGAAAGAUUAAGGAUGGCAGAGUAAAAGGUUACCAAGAAUGCCAGGAUGUUUUUCUUGGGCGUAGGAGGUCCAGAUUACUUUCCUUUUUGAUGAAAGAGUUUGGAAGACUGUCCCAUCUCUCUGGCUUGAGAAAUCUCUGCCAUUUUAAACAUCACUGUGAAAUAGCAAUUAUUAUCAUCUAUAUUUAGUUUUAACAUUACCCACAACAUAGAAAUAACAGGUAAAAAUCGUCUUGCCUACUCAUUCCAAAGAUGAUCAAGUCAUUAAUCUAGUAAAGUAUUCAUGCAUCAGAUUUUGUAUAUUUUGAAUCAAAGCUAACUAGAAAUGUUAGAUAUAAGAAUGUAAUGAUAUUCAUGCACUGAAUUCUAAGCCAAUAUGAACAAAAAUGCUGCAUGAAUGGCACAUAGGUCACCAAAGUUCAUUCACAGGUAGAAAAAACUUGUGCUUUCUUUUCCAUCUAAAAGCAAAAGGAGACUUUCUUUAUCUCAUUUAAAGAACAGUUCUUUGAAAUUGAAAUUGACCCUUUUUGCUUGACCUUAAGGAGAUUAGCUUCCAGUAGAUGAGUUUGCAAAAUACUUUCCCUGUUCUUUUGUUUUGCUGGUAUUGAAAACAUCCCACUAAAUCAGAUGAAGAGGCAUGGGAGGAAAAAUAUCCAAAUUAAUUACUAAAAUCGAGAAGAGAAGGCAAACUCUUGAAAAGUAAAAAGGUGUUUGUGUCCUUCAGUAUUUAUUGAACAGAGGAAAUAACUGACAAGGGCAAUACAAUUCAAUGUUCAUGUAGUAACAUUCAUGUCACUUGUUGAAUUUGGUUCUCAUAUGUAUAUUGCAUACACAUAAAUUCAAACUAUAAGUCGUCAUUGUUGAGCCAUCAUCUUACAUUCAUGUAAUGAAAUUAUGGAAGAGAGUAAAAACUAGCUCUUAGUAAAUAUAAUAUGGUAUUUAAAAUCAGGUCACUACAGUAAGGUUCUAAGUAUUGCCAAUUGAAAAGCUAGAAAUGGUAUUACUGUUGCAAAGUGUUGUCAAUAAUUGACUCCAAUAGCAUUGUAAAUACUUGUAUCCCACAACUAUUUUAAACCCAAGCAAUAAAAUGGAUUUUCUAAUUCA